GCACGCGGACGGCAGCUGGCAGUGAGUCCUAUUUCUUUUACUAACGUCCAGUUAACUUGCUCAAAUGUGGACAUGAACUUGAAAUCAGUGUGUUGGAUUUUCAGCGAUUUGAAAUCAAACUACUUGGCAGGUGUCAACGAGUCUUAGCGAAGAAUGAUUAUUCCCUCUUUUCCUGAUAUGUGUGAGCCCUUUCUGUGGAGUUAAAGUGACGCGGAACGGGAAACCCCGCUUAAGUGCCUGCGACAUUCGAGUACCGUAUAGUGCAGUGACUUGCAUUGAAAUAGUUCAACAACAGAGCGACUAAGAGGAUGUUUCUUACAAUUGUUCUGGCUUGUCUGGUGGUCUGUCUUAUCUUCAGUAUUAUUAAGGGGAAGCCCAGAAAUUUCCCACCGGGUCCAAUAUGCUUACCUAUAGUGGGAUGUGUUCCAUUUAUCCCUUCAAAAUACCUUCAUUUGAGGAUGGAAAAGUGGUUGAAGCAGUAUGGCCCUGUGGUGGGUCUUAUGCUAGGCUCCCAACCAGCUGUGGCAAUCUGUGGACCCACUGAGGUUCUUGAAGCUUUGCGGAGGGAAGAAUUCCAGGGAAGGCCUGAGAAUGCAAACUUUAGGCAAGAAAAUUUCAACAGGAAGCUUGGUGUUUUCUUCAGUGAUGGCCCAUUUUGGGUAGAACAGCGGCGCUUUACCCUGCAUCAUCUGAGAGAUCUUGGAUUUGGUAGGAGUAUCAUGGUAGCUUCAAUUAUUGAAGAAGUUGAAGAUAUCGUAAAAGAGCUAAGACAACGUGAAGAAUUUCAGGUGUCUGGAUAUUUUGGGCCCUCAACAGUGAAUGUGAUUUGGGCUCUGGUGGCAGGAGCAAGAUAUUCACGAGAUGAUGAUCGCCUUCAAGCUCUUCUCCAUGCUCUUACUCGCCUAUUUCGUAGAGGCUCUCAGACUGGAGGAAUUGUAAAUGCUGUUCCUGCUCUCAAAAAAAUUGCUCCUCAAAUAUCAGGCUACAAGGAAAAUCAGGAGCAUAUUAAUAAUCUCAAGGCAUUUUUCAAAAAUGUUAUCAGAGAACAUGACAAGACCUUCAAAGAAAAUGACCUCAGAGACUUCAUUGAUGUCUACUUGAAAGAAAUGAAGUAUCAAAGUGGCAACAAAACCUCAACUUUUUCAGAAGAUGGUCUAAUCAUCACGUGUUUUGACUUAUUUGCGGCUGGCGCAGAAUCUGUGAGCAAUACUCUUAGCUUUACUGUGCUCUAUGCUGUUUUAUACCCAGAGGUACAGAGGAAGGUUCAAAAUAUGCUUGAUGAUGUGGUUGGAAGAGACAGGCGUCCACACUUAGAUGACAGACCAAGACUGCAGUACGUUGAUGCUGUCUUGUAUGAGGUAAUGCGUAUCAACACUGUAGCUCCAGUUUCACCAGCACAUCGUGUUACUCAAGAUUUAACUCUAAAUGGCUAUAACAUCCCUAAGGAUACAACAGUUAUAGCAAGUCUGUGGUGUCUCUUGCAUGACAAAGAACACUGGGGUGAUCCUGAAACUUUCAGACCUGAACGUUUCCUGGAUGAAUAUGGUAACAUUGUAAAGGAUGAGUGGAUGGUUCCUUUUGGUAUUGGAAAAAGAACCUGUUUGGGAGAAGUGAUGGUAAGGAGUAGCCUAUUUAUAUUCUACACAACUUUGCUUCAAGAAUUCUCCUUCAGUUUACCUGCUGGACACCCUCCACCUUCCACUUCAUGUGUUCCAGGAAUUACAACAGCACCACAACAGUUUAGGGUGAAAAUAAGUAGAAGAUAUUAGGUUCUGUGUGGGUGUUGCCUCAGAGAUUCUACUAAUUUGGAGUUUCCUCAUUUUUGGCUUAUAGA